UUUACUCAUCCGGUAUUGGAAUGAGGAAAAAAUGCAAGUUGAAGUGAGGUAUUGGGAUUCCUCAUUUAUGGGACAUAGUACUAGUCUUGAUUUGGUAAAUCAUUUUAAUGAAAAGAUAAAUGAUAUUAAUAUCAGCAAAAUUGUUCAGGUCUCUAUGGAUGGACCCAGUGUCAACUUGAAAUUUCACAGAGACAUUCAAAGCAAACGUGAAGAGCACGAAUUAUCUAAACUUAUUGACAUAGGCUGCUGUUCCCUACACAUAAUUCAUGGUGCUUUCAAAACAGGAGUAGAAUCAACUGAUUGGGAACUUAAAAAGACAUUUAAAAGCUGCUUUACCUUAUUUCAUGAUUCUCCUGCCAGAAGAAGUGACUUUAUCAGUAUCACUGAAGGUUCUGUGUUCCCGCUUUCAUUUUGCGCAACCAGAUGGGUUGAAGACAAAAAGGUAGCGGAUAGAUUAAUUAGUAUUUGGCCAUCUAUUAUAAAAAUUGUUAAUUAUUAGGAGUCUCUGCCUAAAAGUAAACGACCAUCUUGCAAAUCAUAUAAGUUUGUUGUAAAUGCUGGCAAGCAUGUUUGAACCGUUUCUGAAGCUCUAUCAGACAGAUGCUCCAAUGUUGCCUCACAUGAAUGGUGAUCUUGUGCAGUUGAUUAAGAGUAUUCUUAGGAUGUUUAUUAAAUCUGAAACUAUUGAGGCUACCUCAAAACUUACCAAAAUUGAUCUGCAAAAUAAAGAGAACCAUUUGAAACCCAGUGAAAUUGAUAUUGGGUUUGCUGCUGAAUUAUCACUGUCAAAGCUCAGAAAAAAUGAUGCAGUUAUUUUGAAGGAUAUGAAAGAAUUUAAAAUUCAAUGCAUGCACAUUUUAAUUUCAGCUGCUGAAAAGUUAUUUAAAAGAUGUCCCCUUAAUUCUGUGAUUGUUAACACGAGUACUUGUUUGCUUCCAAAUUUUUAUGCUCAGAUCACACCUGAAAAAAAUAGGAAUCAAAUGAAAAUAUUGCUGCAUCAUCUUAUUUCACUUGGAAUAUUAACUGCUUCUUAUUCUGACAAAGUUAUCAGCCAGUUCUCAAAGUUUAUUUCAUCAGAAUUUGCUCUGAAUCAGGAUGUUUUCAUUAGUUAUGAUCGAAAUAAUAAACGUCUUGAUGAUUUUUACUUCAAAAACAUUGACAUAAAAAAGUAUCCAGAGUUGUCAUCUGUCAUUAAGUUGGUUUUGACUCUGAGUCAUGGACAGGCAUCAGUUGAACGGGGGUUUAGUGUCAAUAAGGAUGUGGUUACCGAUAAUAUAUCAACAGAUGGUAUUGUUGGACGGCGUCUUGUGCGUGAUUUCAUGCUUACCAACAACCUCAACCCCCCACUCUGUCCAGAUUACAUCAGAAAUGAAAGUUGCCUUUAAAUCUGCCCGUCAAAAAUACCAGAUCAUGCUUGAGGAAAAGAAGUCAAAGAAUAAAAAACAUGCUAUGUUAGAUCAGAAAGCCAUUAUUUUGUCUGAAAUUGAAGAGCUAAAAUCUAAAAUGGGUUUCCUUACAAAAACUUCAUUGAUGCUAGAAAAAGAGUUUGUCUUAACUGUGGAACAAGCGGAAAAAGAAAAUUGGUCAGCAAAGCGAAUGCUUUAAAAAGGAAAAGCGAGGAGAAAAUGAAAGACGUAGCUAAGUUGCAGGAAACAUUAUUGAUAUUAGAAGAGAAGAGAAAGAAACUGAAUUAACAAUAGUUGCUUUUUGACAAUUUGUUUGUUUAUAUAAAAUAUUAUUUAUGUUGACAUUUAUGCAAAUAUGGCUAAUUAAAAAACUUUAAUUAUAUUUUCAAAAUAAGAUUUUGCUUAAAAAAUAUAUGCAAUUUAAAAUUAAUUAAAAGUUUUUUUUUUAAUGUUUCUAAGCAUGUUUGGUUAUACUGUGCUAUUUUUAUCUAAAAGUAUUAUUGAAUUAGCGAAGGUACAGCUACAAAUAGUGAUAAAAAACAACUAACCCAAAGUAGUCUCUGUUAUAGACCAAAUAUUGCUCAAAAUGUUGAAAGAUAUCUACAUAGACAUUUU